AUGUUAAAACACGAUCCUGUCCGUCUUAAGACCAAAAAGCGCUUUGUGGUGGGUGUUGAUUUUGGUUCCACUGGCUCUGGCUUUGCCAUUGCUCUGGUCAAUGGUGAUGACAUUUUCUCACCAAAAACCUAUGAGUGUGCUCCAAAUGAAACUUAUCGCAAGAAUCUUUCUGCCAUCAUGUACGAUCGUGGUGUAAGGUUUCAAUACGGAUUCAGAGCUCAAAAUACUCAUUUCUACGCUGAUGAUGAUGACGAUAAGGAGAGUAGUGAUGGAGAAGAAGCUACUCGUUCCACAAGUAGUGCUCCCUCAUUGAUUAGUGCGAAGUCCUUCGAAGAGAAAGACCGGAGAGAGUACUUUACAGAUCUCAAGCUCAAGUUUAUGCAGAAUCCAGAAAGUGAGUAUGUGGUAGAUAGGGUGACACUCACGAAAAAGUCAAUUGUCGACAUUAUUGCAGACUAUCUGGCCAUGCUGUUGGAACAUAUUAUGCAACUUCUUCACAACGCUGAUAGCUCGGCUACGAUGCAAGACAUUAGAUGGUGUUUUUCUGUUCCUUCUCAUUAUGACGAGAAGAAGAUCCACUUAAUGAGAGAAAUUGCUUACAAAGCCAAGUACAUUUCAAAUGUCAAUGCUCCUGAGGAUGACUUUAUGAUUGUCACUGAACCAGAAGCAGCCUCCAUAUAUUGUUUGAAAAACAUGGCGCAGAUGAAAAAAGGUGUAAAGGAAGGUGAAACCUUCAUGAUCAUGGACGCAGGUGGUGGUACAGUCGAUAUCACUUGUUAUGAAAUGAAGAAAGGCCGUCUUCGUGAGCUCACCAUUCAAAAUGGUAAUAUUUGUGGAUCCAAAAAGCUUGAUGAAGAAUUCAUGAAGGUAUUGGAUGAGAACUUGGAUAGCGGAUUCAUCACCUUCAAAAGGGAUUUUCCUGAAUCAUUGUUAAAAUUACUACAAUAUUGGGAAGACAAGAAGAGAAACGUGAAGGUGAUGGACAAGAUUAAAGUUGAAGCUCCACCAGCCAUGGACAAAGUGGACAAUGCAUAUCCAUCUUCAGGCUUUUUCAACAAAACAAGAAGAGGAAAUAACAUUUCACUAUCAAAGGAGCAUGUGCAAAGAAUCUUUGACAAGGUCGUUCCUAAUAUUUUACGUUUAGUGGAUGAUCAAGUUGAACAAUUCAAGAAGGAAAAUCGCGAUCGAAAGGUGGAUUACCUGUUCAUGGUGGGAGGAUUGAGUGAUAAUCUAUACCUUCAAGAUAUGAUCAAAACUCAAUAUGGAAGUAUGUUUAAGGAUAUUGUCUUCCCAACAUGCAGUGGGAAUUCUGUCAUUCAGGGAGGUGCCUUAUUAGGAAAAGAUCCAAGUCUUAUUCGUUCAAGAAGAGCAAAACUUACCUAUGGUAUUAGUGUGAUGGACGAUUUUGAUCCAGAACAUCACCCAGAAUCCAAAUAUUACUAUGAGGGAGGCCGACAUUUAUGUAAAGACAUUUUCGAAGUCUUUGUUGAAAGAGGACAGGAAGUUGAUGAAGAUCAUACCAUUCAGAAAGAAUAUGAUGCAGUGAAUGACCAUGUUACAAUUCGUUUGUUCAGUUCUCCUUACAAGGCAAAGGAUGUACCAUUUGUUGACACUGUUGGUCGAAUUCAACAUCUGGAAGAUAUUAUAAUCCCAUUUCCUGACAAAACUUCGAAUGACAAGAGAAUCAUUGUCAAGAUGCAAUUCGGAAAGGCAGAGAUAUUGAUUACAGCUGAAAAUGCCCAGGGACAAAAGAAAGAGGUUCAAAAGAAAUUCGAACAGGAAUCCUUGUCGCUCAUUAAAUAA